AUGGCGAAUAAGGCUAAUGGAGUUGAGGAGUGGGUGCGAGCUCCUCCUCCUCCUGGGACCUGCUUGUCCAGGUUCACGAAUGCGAUCUAUAACCCUGAGGAGAACAGCUUCUUGGGUCGCACGCCGAAAAGAUGGGGCAUAGUGCUGACCUUCUACCUGGUGUUCUACGCGGUGCUGGCGCUCAUGUUCGCGCUCUGCAUGGGAGGACUGUACCUCACGCUGGAGGAAACCAGACCCACCUACCUUCUAGAGGAGUCACUUAUUGGAGCCAACCCCGGCGUGGCCUCUCGUCCCCUAUACGAGACGGUAGUGCUGAAGUACAGCGUGGAGAACUCCUCGGAGUACCAGCCCUACGUGGAACAGCUCAAUGAUUUCUUUCAAGCUUACAGCAGUGAGCGCUGGUACACGGCCCAGAAGGAAUGCAAGGCUGAGGACCAGUACGGCUUCCCUGAGAACCCCUGCAUCUUCGUCAAAGUCAACAGGAUAAUUGGCUGGAAGCCAGAGUACUAUGAACCAAAAGACCUGCCCUCAGACAUGCCUGAGGACCUGGUGGAACACAUCCAGGGACUUGAUCCCAGUCAGCAAAAGCAAGUGUGGAUAUCCUGUGAGGAGGAGAAGGCGAAUGACACGAAGCUGGAGUACCCAUGGGGAAGAGGCAUGCCGAAGGAAUAUUACCCUUAUGUGAAUGUUAAUACGGAGUAUAGGAGCCCGCUCGUCGCUGUGCGGUUAUCUUCACCAGCACAUAAUUCAAACAUCGUGAUCCGAUGUAGGGCGUGGGCCAAGAACAUAAUACACAACAAGAGUCUAAAGGAACCGUCGGGGUACACUCGCUUCCAGCUGUACGUUGAAGGCAAUGACAGUGGCAACAGCACUGAAGUUCAUACAUAA